AUGGCCAACAUCUGCUAUCGCUCAUACAUCAAAUGGAACGAUUCGGGCGAAGCCGAGCGUGACGGCAAAGUCCUCGUCCUGACCUCGCCAUCCAAGACGUUCGUCGAUGUAAGGCUGAAACCCGGUGCGCAAGGGAUUCAAGGUGUCUUCCCCAUCUCAGCCGUCGAAUGGGCCUUCGCCGGGCACUCGGAAACAUGGCUUGUCGACGAUGAUGGGGCAAAGUCGGCAUUGACGGGAAAGGGAAACGAAGCAGAAUUCCAAAUCGAAACAACAAGCACAGCAGCAGCGACGAUCCAUUCACGAUGGCACCACACCGUGGACUCACACCACGUGAACGCCUCGAGUGUCAUCGAUCAAGGCACCCUGGUCCCCCAGCCUGACGGAAUCACAUCCCUCGAGUCCGGCACCAUGAUCAAACCUGCCACGGGCAAACUCACGGCCUAUGAGGAGGCCUGGGUAGAUUUACCGAUCGUGCCCGAUGGGAAUGGGGAGGUGUGGACGGUGGUUCUGCAGAUCGACCAGACCCCUUCGAAUGAUGAAAGUGGAGGGGGAGGAGAAAGUCAGACUACCUCGACGGCGACUCCGCCGGCCCACGGCGUCAUCGUCCGCAUUGGGAAUCGCUGUCAAGGUCUUCUGCGCAUUGGGGAUCGGAUUACUACCGAGCAGUGGGAGAAGAGCGAAGUCGUCUCCACCACUGCCAAUGCAAAUGCGAGUUCUAUUGAGAAGCGCGACGAUGAUGCUUGGAAGCGAGUGCUGCAUAUCGGGGAUGAUUUUCUGCCUUGCGCGGCGGCAUUCGAUGCAAGUCAUAUCGCAGUGGGAAACACGGUUAGGUAUGGCUCGAUGGAAUGGAAGUUCGCUGAGGUUGUGUCCUCCACGCAAGGCUGUAGGAGUUGA